AAAACUGACUUUAUAGCUAGUCCUGGACUCCUGAUUCAGUUGCUCUUCAAACAGCUAAGCUUGCAGAAACGUAUUAAAUUUUGUAGUUUUGUGGAAUCUGACUACUCUGAGAAUGAAUGCUGGUUUGUCAGUCGUAAUAUUGGUAGUCUUCUGGUUGGCUCAUCUCACCACCGCCCAGUCACAAAAUUCCAGCAAAAUUCUGGCUGCAAACAA